ACACCUUUUCCAAUCGCCGAUGUUUCAGUUGGGUUCUGUUUUGGUGUUGGAUAGGAAGUGCGUGACUGUAAGAUUCAAUGUGGUGCUACAGAAGGUCAGGAACAGCACCAUGGCACCAGUUUUAGUAUCUGUUUACCGUCUGGGUUUACUUUCUUGCAAGCUUAAUCAUGCAGUUUUAAAGACGGGGCUGACAUCUCACAGUCUGUUAUUUUUUAACAGUGCACGAAACGGUGAUGUUGCAGUUUCGCCAGCACUUGCUGUGCGCGGCUUCUCUGGGCUGGCACCCCAGAAACAAUUAAGAAGAAUCUUCGUUCCAUUGUGCAGAACAGGGACACACUCUCAAUAUAAUGCCUCUAGAACACUUGCUACAUUGCCUCCACCUCCUCCCUCGGAAGACAAAGGUCCAAGAAAGACUGGGCCUGUUACAUGGAAGUCUCUGGUGAUAACAUUUGCAGUUGGUGGAACACUGCUGGCAGGGAUGAAAUACUUCAAGAAAGAAAAAGAAGAAAUGAUUGAGCAGGAGCGAACAAGGUCUUUUGGUAAGCCAGCCCUAGGUGGUCCUUUCUCCCUCAUUGACCACAACAAACAGCCCAAGAAGAGUGAAGACUUCCUUGGCCAGUGGAUUCUUCUGUACUUCGGUUUCACGCACUGUCCAGACAUUUGUCCGGAUGAACUGGAGAAAAUGAUUGAAGCUGUAGAUGCAAUAGACAAAAUACCUAGCCUUCCGAAUGUCACGCCUCUCUUCAUCACAAUUGACCCAGACAGGGAUAACCCAGAAGCUAUAGCAACAUAUGUAAAAGAAUUUUCUCCAAAGCUGAUUGGACUAACUGGGUCAGCUGAGCAAGUGGAUCAGGUGGCCAGGUCGUACCGAGUCUAUUUCAGCCAAGGACCCAAAGAUGAAGACAAUGACUACAUUGUUGAUCACACCAUAAUAAUGUACCUGGUUGGCCCUGAUGGGGAUUUCAUUGAAUAUUUUGGCCAAAACAAGAAGAGCACAGAGAUUGCAGCUUCAAUAGCAUCUCAUAUGAGAAAAUAUAAGCAGAAUAAAUAAUUGUUGCACCAGCAAAAGAGAUUCACCAGCCGUAAUUUAAAACAAGUUCAUCAGUUUAAAAACAGAGCAGUAGAACUCCCUUUAUCUGAAACCAGCUUUCAGAAAUACACUAGUAUAUGGCAUGAACACCGUUCCCCCAGUCACUAAACUAACAGUGGAGAAACAAGGAUUGGCUAAUUACUAACUAUAGCUUACAAUGGGAUAGAUUCUGAAAAACUAUUUAAAACACAUUUGGUAACUUUAUUGGAUGUGUUUUUCAAUUUCUGAAAAAAAAUGUCCCAGUGACAGUUUGAAGUAGAGACUUUAAUAAUCUAUUCCGAAUUAUUUAUUUGCACUGGUUAUAAAAAAUAACAACAAAACAAAAAUCUGUGUAAACGUCCCUUUAUCAGAGCACCAAACUGCAAUAAAACCAUCCAAGAACACACUUCAUCAAUACAAGGGAAUAACAGGCAUCUUGAAUAAGCAACUGUCAAUGUCUGUUCCCUUGUUGUUAUCAAAUCAGUGGAAACCCUGAUUCAAGCAUGUGCUCGGUCCAUUCUCCCCUGCGCCAACCCUGCAACGGGGUCUCUCUCUGGGGCCAGCAAAACUCGCCACACUGCUGGGCCUCGCCUUCUCAGGGAUCCCCCCUUUCUGGCCAAACUCAGAUACAGCCUGAUGAACGGCAGGUGAAUUGAGAUUGCAUGUCCUAUGUGCCAGGAUAAGUUCAGAUGAAAUGGGUCCUACUCUGUUUAAAAACAUCAAUAAAUCACAAAGCAAAUAAUAUAAUCAAAGGCUACAACAACCAAAUGAUUUACAGAAGUAAAAUAUCUUUUCAUGUAUUUAUAAGUUGUUUGUGGUUCAGUUGUAAACAUUUAGAUGUAUUAUUAUUUUAUUGUUUUUUGUAUGUAUGUAAGGGAUUACACUGUUUUGCUGGUAAGUUCCACCAUUAAAAUAUUUGUAUUUUCCAGUUUUAAGUAUAUAUAUAUAAUAGUAAUUAACUUGAGGUAAAUCAAUACUUGUUUCAAUAAAAAGUCAAUUUAUGAUGUCAUUACUUAUAAAAA